GAAUAACCCCGGGUUUCUUCGAUCUAGAGUAUUAUAACUUCUAUUUUUGCAUCCCUCUUUCUUUUCUCAUUCUUUUAUAAUCUGUUGACUCUAAAUCACCAGAAUAAAACGAGCAGCGGGAGAGAGAAUGUCAACUUUGGACUCGGAGGUAACCCUGGUUCCAGUAGGCGAGACUUCAGGCACUGCUGGUCCUUCUUCCUCUAAGAAACCAAAGCGUUUCGAGAUCAAAAAGUGGAACGCCGUCUCUCUCUGGGCUUGGGAUAUUGUUGUUGAUAACUGUGCGAUAUGCAGAAACCAUAUCAUGGAUCUAUGUAUUGAAUGCCAAGCAAACCAGGCUAGCGCUACUAGUGAGGAAUGCACUGUUGCUUGGGGGGUGUGUAACCAUGCAUUUCACUUUCACUGCAUCAGCCGAUGGCUCAAGACUCGUCAAGUGUGCCCAUUGGAUAAUAGUGAGUGGGAGUUUCAGAAGUAUGGCCACUAGAACGUUUGGAGCCUCUGGGCACCAUUCAUUCUUGUUUCAAUGGUGUCAAGAAGAAUACCUGGAUUCCUGACUUCUAACGCGCUUUGCCUCAUGUUUGUUCGACUUAUACUCUUAUGGUUUUUUAUUGAAAUUCAGAAUUUCACACAUACUGAGCGCAAUUUUUAAUAGUAUCAAUCAAAAAGUCAGUCUGUUAGGGUGGAUGCAAGAUUAUUUUUUUCCCCUCUUGGAUAAAACUGUUUGACGGGUAUGCCUUUCUUGUUUGUUGAUGUCUCGCAUGCAUGUUCAUGGGAAAGUCUUCUUGAUGUACUAAAUAGAUCAAUUCAUGCAAUUGCAGCUUAUCAUCGAUUCUGGUUCUAGAA